AUGUCUGAUAUAGAAAGAGAUUCAGGACUUAAUAAUCAACGUAGUAGAUCAAGAUCUCCCGUACGUCGUCGUACGAGUGACGACCGUGGUCGUGGCUAUCGUGAUAGAGGUAAUAACAACUACCCUUCAAGACAACGGAAUGACUACAAUAGAGGGAGUAGAUACGAUACAGGAAGGUACGAUACAGGAAGAUACGACAAUCGCAAUAGAGAUUACGGUGCUCCUAGUCGCGGUCGCCCUGGGCCGCGUGAUAGAAGAACAACAAGAACUUUCAAUAAUAAAGGGGAUUAUGGUCCAAGGUUGGCAAGAGAAUUAGAUAGUUCAUACGAGGAAAAAGUCAAUAGAAAUUAUUCAAAUAGCAUUUUCGUGGGGAAUUUAACUUAUGAUUGUACUCCGGAUGAUUUAAGAGACUUCUUUUCUCAAAUUGGUGAAGUAGUACGUGCAGAUAUUAUUACUUCAAGGGGCCAUCACAGAGGCAUGGGUACUGUCGAAUUUACUAAUAAUGAUGAUGUUACCGAAGCUAUUCGUCAAUAUGAUGGUUCCGAUUUCAUGGAACGUCAAAUUUUCGUAAGACAAGAUAAUCCACCUCCAGAGAGUCGCCGUGAGAGAGUUCCACCUUCUAACGAUCAUCGUGACAGGUACGCUGCUUCAAAUGAUCGUCAUAGCCGACCUUAUGACAGAGCUUCAUCUAGAAAUACACCAUCAGAUGGUAACUAUGAUGGUUUCGAAAUAUUUGUAGCUAAUUUACCAUUUUCUGUCAAUUGGCAGGCUCUAAAAGACAUGUUCAAACCAUGUGGUAACGUUCUCCGUGCAGAUGUAGAAUUAGAUCAUGUGGGACGCUCAAGAGGAUUUGGUACAGUUUUAUUUAGCAAUCAAGAAGACAUGAGAAGAGCAAUUGAUGAUUAUAACGGUUAUGAAAUAGAAGGAAGAAGAUUAGAUGUAAGGGAAGGUUACAGAAAUUCUCGUAAUGGGAAUAGAAAUGGUGCAGAUGAAACUAAUAAGGAUAGCAACGAAACAGAAGCUCAAGCCCAAUCUAAUUCAACUGUCGACUUCACAGAAGGCUACAUUAGUGGUGAUGAACGUAAUAACUUCAUUUACUGCAGUAAUCUACCUUUCUCAACAGAUAGAAGCGAUUUAUAUGAUUUGUUUGAAACUAUUGGAAAGGUCAUCAAUGCUGAAUUGAGAUAUGACUCUGCCAAUCAACCAACUGGUGUCGCAGUGAUAGAAUAUGAAAAUAUUGAAGAUGCAGAUGUUUGUAUUGAAAGAUUGAACAAUUAUAACUAUGGUGGCUGUGAUUUAGUCAUUUCCUAUGCAAAGAAAGAAUAA